AUGCAUGAAUCAGACCUACAUCUUAUGCAGAUGAAAACAAUGGGAAAUUAUGUAAAACUACAGCAUGUUAAUUUAGUUAGACUUUUGGGUUACUGCACAAAAAGGAACGAGAAGCUUCUAAUCUAUGAAUACCUCCCAAAUAAAAGCUUAGAUCAUUAUCUCAUUGAUCCAAGGAAAUCAAAUCUUCUAGAUUGGACCAAGCGUGUGAAUAUCAUUGAAGGGAUUACUCAAGGCCUUCUUUAUCUCCAAGAGUACUCAAAUUUUACUAUAAUCCACCGAGAUAUUAAAGCUAGUAAUGUUUUGUUAGACCAUGAGAUGAAUCCAAAGAUAUCAGAUUUUAGUAUGGCUAAACUUUUUGAGAAGUAUGAACUUGAAGCAAAUACAAGCAGGAUUGUGGGUGCUUAG